CCCGAUUUCAAUUAAGGGAGCACCGCCAUUUCCUUAAUUUUUGACAUUUUUCCGCUUUGUUUUGCUAUUUUAUGAGGUGUGAGUAACAGACAUUCAAACUGGAGGGGUUACAGGCUGACCCAAGCUUUCCGCCACCAGUAGGAGCGACUGCGGUGGCGGCCCAACCAUCUGAGGCAGCACAGCUACUCAAUUCGUUCUGGCCAAUGGUGACAGAGGAGAUCAGAAAGUUACAAACUGGUGACUUCAAGACCCAGGAAUUGCCGCUUGCCCGCAUAAAAAAGAUCAUGAAACUGGAUGAAGAUGUGAAGAUGAUAAGCGCAGAGGCUCCAGUACUGUUUGCAAAGGCAGCCGAAAUAUUCAUCAGCGAGUUAUCACUGCGGGCAUGGGUGCAUACGGAAGACAACAAACGCCGGACGUUACAGAGAAACGACAUUGCCAUGGCCAUCACAAAAUACGAUCAGUUUGAUUUCCUCAUCGACAUUGUGCCACGAGAUGAAUUGAAACCUCCAAAAAGAGCAGAGGAGGCACCGCGUGCGGCAAUGCUCCCAGAACAAGUGCAAUAUUACUUCCAACUUGCCCAACAGCACCAGGCUGCCCAGCAACAACAGACCACUGCCACUACAGCAACGACACAGCAGCCAACACAACAGGCUAUACAGGUCCAAGGACAGCCUAAUUUCCAAGUUCCGAUACAGGUGGCUGGUCAGGUACCGCAAGCCAUAACUUUAGCUAAUCCUGCUGGCGGUGACGCCCAGCAACAGCAGCCCCAGGUGAUUCAGAUUCAGGCACCCCAACAGCAGGUUUCGCAGGCCCAGACAACACAGGUUACGCAGCCAACUCAAACUGUGGCCCAGCAGCAAGCAAGUGCACCAGUGUUUCAGCAGGUUGUCUCGAGUACUGGAGAAGUACAAAAUAUACCUAUCCAGUUGACGCCAUCCCAGCUGCAGGCCAUCCAACUGCACAUGCAGGGGAAGGGAACCAAUCAGCCGAUUAUAUUACAGGCAGGCAACCAGCAGCAGACGGUCUCAGUGGCACAACAGCAACAGACAGAACAAGCAUUACAGCAGUUCCAGCAACAGCAGCCUGUCUACCAGAUCCAGAUGCCUACCACCAUGAGUCAGCAGACUGGCCAGCAGAUCUACAUACAGCAAGUGGGAGAGGAAGAACAGUCAGGGGUGGAACAGGAGGCUCCGCAAUAACAUGAGGAGACAGACAAAGCAGAAGUGAAGACAAGAAGAACUCAAAAGGGCAUGCGCCACUUGGAAUUCAUUUAUUCAGGGUUGUAGAAUGCAGAACGAACUGUUUCGUCCGUUUUACUGAAUGUUGAUUAGUGGCCAGUUUAUUUCGCUACCGGAGAGAAGAGGAAAGGAAAGUUUCAACAUUUCUUGUUUGUUUGUGUUGUGCCUGGUAAAAAAUCUUCAGAACCAAACUUUGCCUGUUUCACCAUUAUGUAAAUAUCUCAUGUAUGUUUUCAAGUGCAUUUUGUAUUUUGAAAAUUGUACUAUUCGGUCGUAUUUAUACACAAUAAACUUUUUUUUAAAGA